GUGCCUCAGAUGAGGCGUUGGAAUAUUUGGGCGGACCGUCUUAUGAAAUCAAAAGAAACCUUGGGGACCAAAGGAAAAGACGAUGUCUAUUGUUGUGUAAGUCGAAGCCAUAAAUGGUUCACGGCUCGUUUCUUUUCAGGUGAUACCAAGAAAAAUUUCCACAUUCCGACCAUACGUCUUAAUGUUCUCACUCUGACUUCCUCUGGAGAGUCCUCCAUUACGGCAAGUGGAAAAAAAAACGAUGGGGUGGAGUGGAGCAACAAGACAACCGCCAACUGGUCUAUGCCAAUUUUGAUCCAUUCAGAAUCGACCGGCGAGCUAUCUGUCGAUUUAUCGCAUGCCGAUUCCCCAACAUUUACCGACAAGGACCCAUCCGGUGUAUGUCCUAUUUAUAUUGCCAGUCUCUUCAAGAACAACCUGCCGGAUGUAAUCGAUCUCAGUACCUUCCAGGACUUACAGACGACUUUAGAGGGACCUUGGCCGUUUGAUACAUUGGGCAGCCAAGUCUAUGGACUUUCCAACUCUGCAUUCACCCGUAGCGGGGACUUCGUCGCGGAGAUGUGUGCAUACACUGAGGUGUCUGCGCCUCCGACAAACAUGGACCGUUUGGAGCAUAAUAUGGCAGCAGCCCAUGCUAUUAAUACAGGGACAGCACGAAGGGCGGAGAAUAGUCGAGAUCAACUUCGCUUGAACCGGACUUCGAACACCUCCGAGGCCACCGCCGUAGACAGCUCAACUCUGACAAUACCGGUAAACUAAGAAGGCGACACGAGUGAGAGAUAUAAUCGGGGAUGAAUAUCUUGGAUUCGAUAUUCAGAUAAAUCGUCUUUCGCGACACGAGAAUGCUGUAUCCCCACGAAGACCGAGUUUGAUGUCCUCCACAAUAUGUGUACUACUAGUAUCAGCUCAACCGAUAUUCAAGUCUCCACAUGUGGUGCUUCAAAUGUUCAAGUUGCAUCUUGUAAUAGACAUGCUGUGUCCCU